AUGGCGCUACCUCGCUCCUCUGCUCGCAAUGCUCACGAUCCUGAAGCCCAGCAGCAGAACAGAGCGUCGGUAUGGAGCACCACUACGACCAACACCACGUAUGUUCCUCCUACCGAAGAAGAAGAAGGAGUGGAGAGCACUCCAUUGUUGAAGACUACAGAUCAAAAUUCCCCAGCCUCUUCUUCCAGUACCGCACUCGAGCCUGAACAUCAGCACAGUGUGACCUCUGCCUGCGAGGCGAGAAACGGAGAGAGGGGCAUUUGCUGUAAGGAGCUCAAAAAGGAGGAAGCUACGCUGCUCAAUCCUGAUCUGGUUCGAGACUGCAUCAUCGGUCUAAGCGAUGGUCUGACUGUGAGUAGUGAGCCUCGUUCGACUUUUGCCUUGUCGCUACUGGGCGCGCUAAAGAACGCUACACAUCCCAGGUCCCCUUUGCACUCACUGCUGGAUUAUCUGGCAUUGGCUCCAGUCGCAUCGUCGUCGUGGCUGGAAUGGCUGAGCUGGUGAGCGGUGCCAUCAGCAUGGGCGUAGGUGCGUAGUGCCUCACGAGUAGCUCUCGAUGUGGAUAUAUGCUCAUCCCUUUCUCCCAUCUCGUCGUUUUCCAGGUGGUCUGCUGAGCGCUCAAGCCGAGCUGCAACACUAUCGCUACCUCUCUCGUGCCACGUCGGACCGAGUACGUCAAUCGUGCGCCGGCGAGAUGGAGAGGGAGGUCAUCUCCAUCCUCUCACCUUUUGGUGUGCCUGCGGACGUGGCGGGCCUGGUAGCGGACAAGCUGUUGAAUGUGGAAGAGAGGGAAUGCUCUCAUGUAGCCGACCUGCCUAGGCCCGUCUCUUCUCGACCUGAGCGGUUUGUGAGAAGCGAUGGACUCCAGGGGCCUUCGAGAGGUUUGACGCCUUUUAUACUUCGAUUGGGAGAGGGGUUGGAAGAGGUGCAGGAUGGGAGGGUGUGGCAAAGCGCAAUCACCAUCGGAGCGAGCUACUUGUGAGUCUUUUGAAGCCUAUUGUGUGUCUCCAGAGUGCCUGCAUCGGACGCUGCGGCUUAUACACAACUCCCCGCGUUUUGUCUCUUGCUCCCAAACAUCAGCAUCGGGGGUUUCAUCCCGCUCUUGCCCUACAUUUUCAUCACGACGGUAUCCGAAGCGCUGACUUGGUCCAUCAUCAUCACCGGCAUCAUCCUGCUCCUCUUUGGCGUGGCAAAACAGAGAUUUGCAGGAGGAGCGACGGACGUGAGAGGUUUGGCUUGGGGCGCCAUCUCUACGCUGGCCGUCGGCGCUUCGGCUGCAGCGGCUAGCUUUGCCAUCGUCAGAGCUCUUGAAGGAUCUGGAUCUGGAUGA